CACAAUUUCUGUAUCGAGUCUCACACAGUAAAGAAGGUGACGCGCGUUCUCUAUGGGGGACCAAGCAUCGGCGUGCGCUGCAAUGUUAACACAUAGCUGAAAACCACUCUCUGCAGUUUAGACUUACGAUAAGCAAACAUCCGUUAUGGAUUUCAGCAAAUUGGUCCCCUUGUGGAUUGUAUGCUUAUGUAUCGUGGGAGAGAGCCGGACAGACAAACCAAGUCAAGGAAACACUGACUUCCAGCAUGUUGACAAUGGGGUGUCAGAACUCUGUCGUAUCGAUGAGCAGCUGUGCCAGGACGAGAACGCCAUCCUGAGCUUCGAGGCCAUCCGCAGCAUCCACAAGCAGAUGGACGAUGACGCCAACGGGAACGUGGAUGUGGCAGAGACAGACGUGUUCCUCAGGGAAGACCUCAACUACCAUGACCCCAAAGGCAAGCACAACCGUUUCCAUGGUGAUGACCAGUUCAUAAGCGUGGAGGACCUUUGGAACGCAUGGAAGGGUUCAGCAGUGUACAACUGGACAGUGGAUGAGGUGGUGGUGUGGCUGAUCACCUACGUGGAGCUGCCUCAGUAUGUCGACGCCUUCCGCAAGUACCACUUCAACGGCAGUGCCAUGCCCCGACUGGCCGUGAAGAACACCACUCUCACUCUGUCAGUUCUGAAGAUACUGGAUCGUAGCCACGUCCAGAAGUUACAACUCAAAUCCUUGGAUACCGUUCUGUUUGGUGCACCACUGAUGAACAGACACCACCACCUGAAGGACUUCAUGCUGGUGGUAUCCAUAGUGAUUGGAGUAGGUGGCUGCUGGUUUGCCUACAUCCAGAACCGCUACUCGAAGGACCACAUGAAGAAGAUGAUGGGUGACCUGGAGGGUCUUCAGAGGGCGGAGCAGAGCCUGCACGACAUGCAACAGAAGCUGCAGAUAGCCCAGGAGGAGCACCGCACGGUGGAGGUGGAGAAGGUGAACCUGGAGCAGAAGCUGAGGGAUGAGAUCAACUCGGCCAAACAGGAGGCCCAGCGCCUCAAGGGGCUCCGCGAGGGCACAGAGAACGAGCUGAGCCGGCAGAAAUACGCAGAGGAAGAACUGGACCAGGUGCGCAUGGCUCUGAAGAAGGCGGAGAAGGAGCUGGAGUCGCGGAGCAGCUGGUCCCCACCAGACGCCCUCCAGAAGUGGCUGCAGCUCACCCACGAGGUGGAGGUCCAGUAUUACAACAUCAAGAAGCAGAACGCCGAGAAACAGCUGCUGGUGGCCAAGGAGGGGGCCGAGAAGAUCAAGAAGAAAAGGAACACCCUGUUUGGAACGUUCCACGUGGCACACAGCUCCUCCCUGGAUGACGUGGACCACAAAAUCCUGGCGGCAAAACAGGCGCUGGGGGAGGUGACAGCAGCUCUGAGGGAGAGGCUGCAUCGCUGGCAGCAGAUCGAGAUCCUGACGGGCUUCACCGUGGUCCACAACCCUGGGCUGCCCUCGCUGGCCUCCUCCCUGAACCUCGACGCCAGCUUCAUGGGGGGCCGGGCCACGCCCCAGCACUUCAUGAUGUCAGAGGACAUGGAGGACAUGGAUGAGGACAUGAUGACACCUGGAACUCUGCAAUACGCCUCCUGGCUGAUGGAACGUCGAGCCAGUGACCUCUGGUCCAUGGGGCCACACUGCCGGGCCAUGUGGAAACACUCCGCUCCCAGUAUGAUGUCCCUCCGUCAACGCCACAUGGACCCCCAGCUGGCUAUGGGCUCCCAGAGGUUCGUGGAGGGUUGUCUGUUGGGAGGGCACCAAGGGGAGGAGGGUACCCCUUACCCUUCCAGGUCUAGGACCUCCCAGUACCAGUCACCCAGCCAAUCAUUUGGACAGUUUGAGAACUUCUGUCUGCCCCCCCUCUCCUCGGCUGUCUCGCACCCCGCCAUAUUCUGCGCCUCCUCCACACCUCCUCAGUCCCUCUCCUCCCUCUCCUGCUCUUCCUCCUGUCUGCCCAGCUCCCUGGGAAGCUCCCACUCCUCCCAUGUCCUCCCCUCCUCCUACUUCCAGCCCAUGGACACCAUCUCAGACUCUGCCUGUUCAGACGCCACCAGAGGGCGCUCCAGACUGAGUGGCAGCUUCGGGGAGCUCAAUCGCUCUGACUCCGACUCCUCCCUGUCUCUCUCCCUAAUGGGGGAGCGCCUGUCGGCCUACAGCACCAAGGGCCACCCAGUGAAGCCCACAUCCCUGCUUCACGGCCCCCCAGGCCGCUCAGACGACCCCCUGUCCCUGCAUGCCCUCACCCCCAACGGAGGGAAUCGCAUCCCAGAGGAAGAAUCCCCGGCAGACGCGGCCCCAGACAGCCCCAUCCUCAUGAAGAAGGUGUACAGCAUAGAGAAGUCAGCCAGCAUGGGAGAGAUCAACGUCAGUCUGUCCGAGUCCUCACGUUCCCUUAGCCCCAACUCCACUGACCCCGACACGCCCUCCCCGACAGGAGGCCAGGCUGGGGUAGCCGGGGGGUCCGGGGCCAAGGGCAGCAGCCGCAUCCCCCAGCUCUCCUCCAAGAAGAGCCCCCUGGAGGACGACAGUGGAUCCACGGGAGAAGAGACAGACUCCGCAGCCAGCCGUAAGAAACACACCUUCAAGAUCUUCAAAAAGCAAAAGAAAUAAUAAGGACUAUGAACUACUAAAGAGCUGCCGGAACUGUGUGACUGUACUCCCCGUUUUGUUUUCGAAAGAGUAUUAUUGUUUUUUAUGUUGGUUUAUUUACUGGUCUCAAAUGAUGGCACAAAUUGUUGCCUUUAUGUGGCGUUUGUAGAUGCUUCCUCAGAUGGAGUGGGAUGAACCAGUUAAUUACUAUUAUAUUUAGUUGGUCUAUGAAGAAAAUUUGGGAAAUGGGUGGGUUGUUUAAUGGAAUGUAAAAAGCACUAUUUAUUCUGCAGGAAAGGAUGCCAAUCUCAAAGGGAAAUGCGACUCCAGGGUGGAUAUUUGUUGUACUGUUAAUCAAUCUCUAGCAUUUUGCAUGUCUUCACAUUUGUUUGACUGAUACUCGAAUGCUCUUAGGUGUUUGCUUGGUUCUUGUCCUUUUUCUGUUCACUCAAAGCUUAAUAAUAACUGCUGUUUAGUUUCAGUGAUUCCAAC